AGCACAGCGUAAUCUGCAUGACGAACGAGGAAAGUAUGGAAGAAGGCGGGGCAAAAAAAGUAACGUGGAGGAAAUACCAGUGUGGAUCAAUGAACGCAAACGUCAACCUUUUUUUUCUUUAAUAUCGUGCCGAUCACAGUACUCGAUAAAUAUUGCGUCUGCAACGUCGAGAAUCGGUAAUCGCGAACAUGCUGUCCCACGGAGCCGACCGCACGAUAGUCCGAUUAAUUUUCGCACUAGUAUGUAUACUCGUGAGACCAGUGUUUCUCUACGUGCUACCGGAUCCGACUUUCGAAGUUUUGAAGCCGCAAGGUCUUCGAGUCUCUAUACCUGAUGCACCGGGCUUAAGAAUAUUUGGAUUCCACGCCAAUAUCAACAAAAUAAUUCGUACUAAUGAAUUCGGCCAGAUCGCCGGUGAUGUCUAUAUGGCAACAGACAGUCGCUGGACUUUUCAGGAUCUAAAUGUGGCUAUAAAAAACGGAGAUGUACUUCGUUAUUGGAUUUAUGCACAAGUGGACGGGGCUAAUUAUAGGAAAGACAACCAAAUGUGGACAUAUUCCCCAAAGGAAAAUGAAGCAGACAAUCAACAAACUACUCAGAUUUCUUCAUAUGAAAUUCCAACCGAAGGCCGAUUAUUACUCGAGGAUAAUUUCAAUUCUUUCAACGAAUCAUUAUGGAAACGCGAGAUAAAAAUGCCAUUAGAUCCGGAUUACGAAUUCUGCGUGUAUCACAAUCAAAAUCAUGAGCAACUUGCGCAAGUUCGUGAUGGUCAAUUUUUCAUAAAACCGAUUAUACUGGAAGAUUAUUAUGGUGAGAACGCGACGACAUAUGGAAGAUUGCAGCUUAACAGAUGUACUAGCAUGGUUGCGGCCGAAUGUUCGCGGCAGGCGCUAUCUUACAACAUUCUGCCACCUGUUAUAUCUGCGCGUUUUACCACGAAAGAAAGUUUUAGUCUGCGAUAUGGAAAGAUCGAAAUACGCGCGAAGUUUCCCCAGGGCGAUUGGCUGUAUCCUGAGAUGUGGCUUGAGCCACGGUAUUCUACUUAUGGUAUGAACUACGCCAGCGGCCGCGUUCUUUUGGGUUUCACACGCGGCAAUGACAACCUGGUGAACGCUACAGAUGUUUCGAAGAUUUAUGAUACCAGAAGAUUGGAUUUUGGUGUGAGAGUAGGUGAAUAUCCUGAUAAUAUCCGAGAAAUACUCGUCAUGAAAAUAAAUGAAUUCGGGCCACGAUGGACGGAAGAUUUUCACGUGUACACGACAAUCUGGACCAGCGAUGGUUUCACGUUUUUUGUCGACGGUGAAGCAGUUGGUCAAAUGAAUUGCGAUGAACAGGAGUGGAUAAGUGGUCCUCACGCAGGCAGAAAAACUGCCCCAUUCGAUCAAGAGUUCUUUAUCACUCUCGGCGUCGGUGUAGGUGGAAUACGCGUGUUUCCGGAUGGCACACUCAAUUCGGGAAUGCAAAAACCAUGGAAAAACGUGGGCGCUAAGAUAAUGUUGAAUUUCUGGAACUCUCGAAAUCAAUGGCUGCCAAGCUGGAGACGAAAUGGUGGAAAUAAAACUGCUUUUGUAAUAGAUUACGUCAAAGUUUGGGCUCUUUGAAUCAACAUUGACUGCAUAAUUCUUCAUUUUGAAAAAUUAUAUUUAUUAUUUUCUUUCUCAUCAUUUAUUUUAUUUGUAGUGGUAGACCGGAUCUUUUUCUCGCGUGACGAUUAUGUCGUACACAUAGGCAUUCUAUGCUGCCGUGAAUAUGAAGAGGUAAGCCGUCAGCAAAAAUCGGUUCUGAUUCAAUAAUGACAGAAGAUUACAGCGUUGCUCGCAAUGUUAUUGCACUUGGAAUCCUCACCGAGGCGCAUAAAGUCCUUUUUACCUGCGUAACGCAAUUAGAGUCCUGUAAUUGGACCGCUUCUGUUUCUAUAAAAGGGUGAACGAUGCUCCCGCGAAAUCGGAAAGAAAUUCAGGGUCGCCCGGAGCUGGUUUUACCUUUAAUGAUGCCUCCAUUAGUCGCUCGGACGAUCACCCUCUGAUAAUAUUCUUGCCGAUCAUCACGUAAACGUAAAAAUUUCUUGAACCAGCGUGAAGUUUACCAAGGGCAUGCAUUUUCUAUAGAAAAGACGAUAAGAUAAAUGAUACUACUAAUCGUAUUAGCUUUAACUAAAUUUUAUUUCGUACGUUAUAACAGUCAGCCGAUAGCUUUUGUUUUUCCUAAAAUGUAAUUGUUAUUUCUUUAGUCUCGUAUAUUUUGUAUUGUAAUCAAAUAGAUAUAAGAUCAUAUAAUAAAAGAUUAAGCGCC